CCCGCCGGAGCCACCAUGGCCGGCACGCUGCCCAAGCUCGCCGCGCCCAGGCCGGCGGCCGCCGCGCCGCUCCCCUCGCAGUCCCUCCGCUCCGCCGCGCUCGCCUUCGCCCCCUCCGCCCGCCGCUUCCGCGUCUCCGUCUCCGGCCGCGCCAGGAGCCCCGUCAUUGCGAUGGCUUCCGGCAAGGAAGGGAACGGCGCCGCGACGAAGAGGACCACCCUCCAUGACCUCUACGAUCUCCAGGGCCAGUCCCCGUGGUACGACAACCUCUGCCGGCCCGUCACCGACUUGCUGCCCUAUAUCGCCAACGGUGUCCGUGGAGUCACCAGCAACCCGACGAUUUUCGAGAAAGCCAUCUCAUCAUCCAAUGCAUACGAUGAUCAGUUCAAGCAGCUUAUAUCGGCUGGGAAGGACGCGGAGAGCGCUUACUGGGAACUCGUCAUAAAGGAUAUCCAGGACGCGUGCAAACUUUUUGAGCCCAUCUAUGAUGAGACCGAUGGAGCUGAUGGUUAUGUCUCAGUGGAGGUGUCUCCUAGGCUGGCAAAUGAGACUCAAGGUACUGUUGAAGCUGCAAAGUGGUUACACAAGGUGGUCAACCGCCCCAAUGUGUACAUAAAGAUCCCGGCUACUGCAGAAUGUGUUCCUUCCAUCCAGGAAGUCAUCGCUAAUGGCAUUAGCGUCAAUGUUACUCUUAUCUUCUCCGUUGCAAGAUAUGAGGCUGUUAUUGAUGCUUACAUAGCUGGGCUUGAGUCUUCUGGUUUGAGUGACUUAUCCCGUGUGACCAGUGUAGCGUCCUUCUUUGUCAGCCGAGUUGACAGCUUGAUCGACAAAAAUCUCGAGAAGAUUGGAACACCUGAGGCUCUUGCCCUCAGGGGAAAGGCUGCUGUAGCACAGGCGAAGUUAGCAAAUCAGCUUUACCUGAAGAAAUUCUCUGGACCAAGAUGGGAGGCUUUGGUGAAGAAGGGUGCCAAGAAGCAGAGGUUGUUGUGGGCAUCCACCAGCGUGAAGAACCCGGCUUACUCUGACACUCUUUACGUUGAUCCUCUCAUUGGACCCGACACGGUCUCUACCAUGCCCGACCAAGCUUUAUCGGCAUUCCUCGACCACGGCACAGUUGCUAGGACAAUUGACGCGAAUGUGUCAGAAGCUGAAGGCAUAUACAGUGCCCUGGAGAAGCUGGGCAUCAGUUGGGAAGAGGUUGGGAAGCAGCUGGAGCAUGAGGGUGUGACCUCCUUCAAGAAGAGCUUUGACAGCCUGCUCACGAGCUUGACGGAGAAGGGCAACGCCCUCAAAACUGCCGCCAAUCUGUAGGUGCUAAAAUUAUCGGAUAGAAUGGUUUGCUACCAGCGGUUGCCAGCGAAUGAUUACCGAAUAAAUGCCAGCUUGCUGGCUCUCCUCUUCCCAUUUCGGAAAUGAAAAGCUCCCAGUUUUCUGGGUCAGCAUUUGUAUUCUAGGCGUGCCUGGCCGUCAUUGUGUAACUGUAAGUCUGUAACUGAGGCUUGUUGCUUUGCAACAGCUGCUAUGCGUUUCCUGAUCAAUGGUUUUUGAGCAAGUGAUUCGAAUGUGUA